CCUUCAAACUUCAAUUUUCUCAGUCAAAGUUUCUCAUCAAAGAACCAAAGUAUAUAAGUCAAAAUAGAAAACCCAACAAUCCUUUAACACAAACUAUGCAGAAGAUGAAAUGGAACAAAAAGAAAGUUCCAAUUUUUCCUUUUAUCGUUCUUUUGUUAUUAGUUUUCAUAGCAUUCUCAACUCUCCACAAUGGUAGCACAAUUCACAAAUUCCAUGAAAACCCACUUCACAUUCAUCAAGAACAAGCUUCUUCAACUACAUAUGUUAAACCUAAUCUCCCUAAUCACCUCAAGAAAUCUCAAGAGAUUUUGGAUAGAUAUAGUAGAUGCAACUCUACUGUAGGGUAUAGUGGUCGGAAGAUUGCUCGGCGCGGCGGUUCAAAGAGUUCGAGUAACCGGAGAGUGAGUUCAGAAAGCUGUGAUGUUUUUUCAGGCAAAUGGGUGUUUGAUAAUGCUUCAUAUCCAUUGUACAAUGAAUCAGAUUGUCCUUAUAUGUCUGAUCAAUUGGCUUGUAACAAGCAUGGAAGAACUGAUUUGGGGUAUCAGCAUUGGAGAUGGCAACCACAUGAUUGUGAUCUGAAGAGGUGGAAUGUAAAAGAAAUGUGGGAAAAAUUGAGAGGAAAAAGGCUAAUGUUUGUUGGAGAUUCACUGAAUAGAGGGCAAUGGAUAUCUAUGGUAUGCUUGUUACAGUCAGAAAUUCCUGCUGAUAAGAGAUCAAUGUCACCAAAUGCUCAUCUCACCAUUUUCAGAGCAGAGGAGUACAAUGCAACAGUUGAAUUCCUCUGGGCUCCACUUCUUGCUGAAUCUAAUUCCGACGAUCCAGUGAAUCACAGACUAGAUGAACGGAUAAUUCGUCCUGAUUCAGUUCUGAAGCAUGCAUCUCUCUGGGAGCAUGCUGAUAUACUUGUUUUCAAUACAUACUUGUGGUGGAGACAAGGCCCAGUUAAGCUAUUAUGGACUGAUGAAGAAAAUGGAGCUUGUGAAGAAUUAGAUGGGCGGGGAGCUAUGGAGUUAGCCAUGGGAGCAUGGGCCGAUUGGGUUUCUUCUAAAGUCGAUCCGCUCAAGAAACGUGUCUUUUUUGUGACCAUGUCUCCGACACAUCUCUGGAGCCGAGAGUGGAAUCCAGAAAGUGAAGGAAAUUGUUACGGCGAGAAGAAACCUAUUGAUGUCGAGAGCUAUUGGGGAAGUGGUUCUGAUUUGCCAACAAUGAGCUCUGUGGAGAACAUCCUAAGCAGUUUAAAUUCAAAAGUUUCUGUCCUGAAUGUUACUCAACUUUCUGAGUAUCGAAAAGAUGGUCAUCCUUCAAUUUUUCGCAAAUUUUGGGAGCCUCUUCGCCCUGAACAAUUGUCAAAUCCUUCAUCUUACUCUGAUUGCAUACAUUGGUGCUUGCCGGGGGUACCUGAUACCUGGAAUGAGUUACUGUUCCACUUUUUAUGAAACCCAUUACACGAUUUAAUUUUGUUAAUAGAAUAUGAUCGUAUGUGUAUGAUAACCGCAACCUUUGCGUUUGGAGAGCAGUAAAAGCUACUGAUCUUUGUUGUUUGAUACAAGGGUGAAGAGAUUCCGCUGAAAAUUGAGGGAAAUUCUUUCUAAUGUAAUUUAUUCCAUUUUUAUGCUUUUAGCAAAUUCUUUUGAAGUGUUUUUCUUUAGCUUUUAGGUCUUAGAAGUUUUGAUUAGAAUGCUUGUAUGGUGUUGCUUCACAAAAUCAAGGUUACAAGCAUUUUUGACAUGAUCUUUUGUGUGGAUUAGUAUCUUGGAUCUUUUGUAGAGGAUUUUAAUUCUAGUUCUGGUAAUGAGUAUAAAGUUGCAUGUGUUGAAACAGAA